AGGGAGCGCGCAGCACGGCGAUCGGCGGUGCGCUGUGUCCCUAGGACACAGCAGAUCACCGAUCACGGAAAGAGCCGAAGAUGUCGGCUCGGUCAUGUGGUCAGCUGUGUCCAAUCACAGCUGAUCACAUGGGACAUGUACACUGAUCAUCAGGGCACUGAUGAUCAGUGUGCCCUGAUGAUCAGUGUAGCCCCAGCAGUGCCACCUGUCAGUGUCCAUCAGUGCCUUAUGUCAGUGCUCAUCAGUGCCUCGUGCCAGUGCCCAUCAGUGCCACAUCAGUGCCACAUAUCAGUGCCUACCAGUGCACAUCAAUGCCACAUAUCAUUGCCCAUCUGAGCUGCCUUUCAGUGUCACCCAUCAGUG